UAAUGUAGCUUAUAUCAAACCCGUGCUAGCAAAAUGGUCGGAAAUUCGAUAUUUGAUUUAUGUAAAUGGAAAUUGACCAUAUGUACUGUACAGAGACACUCCCAAUACUAAAUUACUAAUCAUAUUAUAUAAUGACACAAAAUUGAUGUUGCUUAUUGCAGGAAUCGUUUUUAAAAAGUUGAAAAUUCAAACUUUGGAUGCCUCCAAAGCAUAAAUGAAAAUUAGUUUCAAUGAUCCUCAACAGUAUGAGUGGCACACUUAGCCGCAACACUCUAAUCUCACUCAUCAACAAAUCCCUCACAUUCCCUCACCUUGCUCAAACCCACGCUCAACUCAUUCUCAAUGGCUACCAUUUCGACCUCGCCACCAUCACCAAACUCACCCAGAAGCUUUUCGACUUUGGCGCCACUCGCCACGCACGUGCCAUCUUCUUCUCCGUUCCAAAACCCGAUAUUUUCCUCUUCAACGUCCUUGUUCGUGGCUUCUCUCUUAAUGCUUCCCCUUCCUCUUCUAUUUCUCUAUACACCCAUUUACGCCGUAACACUAACCUUUCACCUGAUAACUUCACCUACGCUUUCGCCAUUGCCGCUUGUGCCGAUGAUAAGCACUUGAUGCUUCUGCAUGCUCAUUCCAUUGUUGAUGGGUAUGGAAACAAUGUUUUCGUUGGUUCUGCUCUUGUUGACUUGUAUUGCAAGUUUUCGCGUGUUGGGUUUGCAAGGAAGGUGUUUGAUGGAAUGCUUGAGAGGGAUACUGUGUUGUGGAACAGUAUGAUUAAUGGGUUGGUUAAGAAUUGUUGUUUUGAUGAUUGUGUUCAGCUCUUUGUGGAUAUGGUUGCAGAAGGGGUGAGAUUUGAUUCGACUACUGUGACUGCUGUGCUUCCUGCUGUUGCUGAGUUGCAAGAGUUGAGAGUUGGAAUGGGGAUUCAGUGUUUGGCUUUGAAAAAGGGGUUCCAUUUUUAUGAUUAUGUGAUGACUGGUUUGAUUUCGUUGUAUUCCAAAUGCGGGGAUACAAAAACCGCGAGGUUGUUGUUUGGGAUGAUUGGUAAGCCAGAUUUGAUAGCUUACAAUGCCAUGAUUUCUGGGUUUACUUCCAAUGGUGAAAAUGAAUGUUCUGUGAAGCUGUUCAGAGAGCUGCUUGUUUCUGGUGAGAAAGUCAGUUCAAGCACAAUUGUUGGUCUGAUACCUCUGCCAUCUCCCUUUGGUCAUCUGCAUUUAGCUUGCUUGAUUCAUGGUUUUUGUCUGAAAUCGGGUAUUAUUUUGAAUCCGACUGUUUCAACUGCAUUCACUGCUAUAUAUAACAAACUCAAUGAAAUAGAUAUGGCUCGCCAGCUAUUUGAUGAAUCGCCGGAGAAAACUGUGGUUGCUUGGAAUGCUAUGAUUUCGGGUUACACACAGAAUGGUUUGACAGAGACGGCUAUCUCUCUUUUUCAGGAAAUGAUGAAGACUGAGUUCACUCCAAAUGCAGUUACCAUCACAACUAUCCUUUCAGCUUGUGCUCAACUAGGAUCUCUAAGUUUUGGAAAAUGGGUCCACCAGUUAAUUAAAAGCAAAAAUGUUGAGCCAAACAUUUAUGUCUCGACGGCUCUAAUUGACAUGUAUGCCAAGUGUGGGAACAUAUUGGACGCUAGGCAGUUAUUCGACUUAAUGAAUGAAAAAAAUACUGUCACUUGGAAUACUAUGAUUUUUGGUUAUGGGCUACAUGGAUAUGGGCAUGAAGCACUUAAGCUUUUCAAUGAGAUGUUGCAUUUGGGGUUUAACCCAUCUGCUGUCACUUUUCUUUCAGUCUUGUAUGCUUGUAGUCAUGCUGGCUUGGUAGGAGAAGGAGAAGAAAUUUUUCAUGAUAUGGUUAAUAAAUACAGGAUUGAGCCCUUAGUUGAGCACUAUGCAUGCAUGGUGGACAUUCUCGGGCGAUCUGGACAGUUAGAAAAAGCUUUGGAAUUUAUAAGGGCAAUGCCCGUUGAGCCAGGUCCUGCCAUCUGGGGUACAUUGCUUGGUGCUUGCAUGAUUCACAAAGACACAAACAUAGCACGUUUGGCUUCAGAAAGGCUAUUUGAACUAGAUCCAGGGAGCGUAGGAUACUAUGUCUUACUCUCUAAUAUAUACUCUGUGGAGAGAAACUUCCCAAAGGCUGCUUCAAUACGUCAAGUCGUUAAGAAAAGAAAACUAGCAAAGAGUCCUGGGUGCACUCUAAUUGAGGUUAAUGGGACCCCUCAUGUCUUUGUAUCUGGUGAUCGUUGUCAUUCUCAUUCAACAGCAAUUUAUGCAGAGCUGGAGAAGUUAGUGGCCAAGAUGAGAGAGAUAGGAUAUCAAUCAGAAACGGUCACUGCUCUGCAUGAUGUGGAAGAAGAAGAAAAAGAACUCACUUUUAAUGUUCAUAGUGAGAAGUUAGCCAUAGCUUUUGGCCUUAUUACCACUGAACCUGGUACUGAGAUCAGGAUCAUCAAGAAUCUUCGAGUUUGUUUAGAUUGCCACACUGCAACUAAGUUUAUAUCAAAGAUCACAGAAAGAGUAAUUGUAGUUAGGGAUGCUAACAGAUUCCACCAUUUCAAAGAUGGGAUCUGUUCUUGUGGCGAUUAUUGGUGAAGCUGUACUGAUAUUUUUUUUUAUCAGUUAACAUUAUAUGGAACAGAAGCAUCAUCUAACCUUUUGCUUUCAUAUUAUUUAUCUUGCAAAAAUUUGAUCUGAAGUUUGAACCCUCAUGUGACCCUCUACUUGAGAAGCACAACAUUUCACAGCAUUGGUUGAGUAAAGGAAGUUUUAUAUAUGGCUUACCUCAUUGUGUCCAUGGGUGAUCACAAGCUUGGAUUUAUAUUUGCAUUUAAAUUAAUGUUCAAAGUGGGACAGGGUAGAGUGUAUGCGUUUAAGAAAAUACCCUUAUUUGCAGAACAUCUUUCACAAGGCUCUUGGUAAAAGCACUUGGGGUGGAAGAUUAGGUAUCUUACAUUUCAUUUUCAUAACAUGUAUGUAUACAACCACUGUGGAAACUGGACGUUAUUUCAUUUUCAUAACAUGUAUACAACAACUGCAGAAACUGGACGUUCUUCCUGAUAUACUUGAUGUUUCAUACCCAUUUAUUACUUUUUAUGCCCGAACUGAGAUUUCUGAUCCAUCUUGCUGCCAAGUAUGAAUCUAUCAUUUUCAUGAUAAUUUGAGUUUGACAAUGUGUUCCUGUUUGUUAGCUUUUAACAGUAAAAAAGAAAAAUAAGACUAGGGUGAGUGAAGCAAUCUUUUUGAUGUUGACUGAUAGCAAGUUAAACAGACUCUACUUCAUGGUAUGAAUUUAUAUUUGAACCCAACUUCCCUGCUUUUCAUAUCUUGGAACAUGAGGAAACAAAGAAAAGUGAAUUUUAUUAGUUCACUUGUAAAAGACCCUUUUCUAUUUUCCUCCUCUUUUGUAUUUACAAGACAACAAAUCCAGAUUAAUAAAUUAAUGGAAUCUCGAAGACACUUCUUUUAGAUAUCAAUGCUCAAUAAAUUAUUAGUCGAGGUUUUAAGGGAUCAUUCCCUUUGAAUGUUUCUGAACAAACGUCUGUGACCUUAAUUCAAACAAGAUUGAAGGCAGAGGGAGAAGCAGAAAACCUAGAAAAUUCAUAUAGUCCUUGGAAUGUCUAGGGAGAGUAAGCAUGGGUAAUUCAUCAAAGGACAUUGCUAGACAUAAUUUCAAAUGCUACAUUGGCAAAUAUGUUCCAAGUACACGAAUUUCUGUACUUUAGUCUUUAUCAAUUUAGCUGAUGAUGCAACACCCAACUUGAUGCUUUCAUGAUUGUGAAGAAAUAAUAAUUGAUGAAGGUUUCACUAUCUACAUGUUUUCUUUUUUGUU